UUCUGAAACACAAAUGCCAUUAUUGAAAAUGUUUCCGCAUUAGAUUAACCCAGAGAAAUUUAUUAUCACGUUAAUUGAAACGUUUGCUGAGUGAUAAAGAAUUCAUGGGGAACAUAUCGUUUUGAUUCCCAAAAUGACUCUGAUUGUGUGGACGUUAGUUCUCUGUGUUCUAAUGUACGGACCUGUGACUGAGGCUUGUCCUAGUGGAUGUAUAUGUGAGAGGAGUACCUCCUGUAAUGGGACAGAUGUAUGGUGUUAUAAUAGAAGGUUAACUGAAGUACCUACCAACAUCCCCACAGAUACAUGUGAAUUGCAUCUCGAUAGGAAUCAGAUAACCACAUUGGGAGACAAUGCCUUCGACGGCCUGGUAAAUUUAGAGACACUGUAAGUAUAUAGAAUUAUAUUAAUGAGUAUGUUCUGAAAAGAUAACAUAUCAUAUUCAAAAUAUAAAAUAACAUGGGGAAAAUACAAUGCUCUUACCAAGAAUUAUACAAUUAAAUAAUAA